UACUUAUCGGGAUAAAAUUUUCAAAUCGGUAGUUUAGUAAAUUAACUUCUGCCGCACCCAGCUUCAAAGGGAGGGGGUUUUUAUUUAAAUUUCAAAGUUUAGGAAUCUUUGUCGCAAAUGAAAGUUCAGUGGUGAUUGCCACUGCCCGGGAAGGAGUAGUAAUCUCUGUAAUUUACCCUUGUUUUUACAAGUAACCUCGUACUCAUUACUCAGCCAAAUUCACAUGGAUUUGAAAGGGAACAGUGGAUUUCUCCUUUCAGAGUCCUCGACGUUUGAGGAUGCCUUCUAUCACUUUGACAUGUCUUCCGUCGGUUGGAUACGUGCCACACGCGGAUAACAUGUUCGAUGAAAUGCCUGAAAGGAACCAUUGAUUGGGAGAAAGCAUCAUCGUAAUUUUGGUAAAGAGAGAAUUUUUAAAGCAAAAAGAGAAGAAGAUGAAAAUUUUCAGUGCUAUCCAUCGGUGCAGCGACUUUACAAGAAGAAAAGCUCUAAUUUCUGCGACUACUGGAGCAUGGAAGAAAUUGGGGUUCAGGCGAGGGGUUUCUACCUACUCUGAGGAUUUGGAGUUGAAGGAAUUCUUAGAUUACUUGGAGAACCUAAAAAAUUAUGAGAAAUCUGGCGUGCCCAAAGGGGCGGGAACUGAUUCAGAAGACGGGUUUGAUCUCGGGAGAAUGAACCGGUUGAUGGAACGACUAGGAAAUCCUCAGUCCAAAUUCAAGGCUGUGCACAUUGCUGGAACUAAGGGAAAAGGAUCAACUGCUGCAUUCCUUUCCAACAUGUUACGGGAAGAAGGAUAUUCUGUUGGUUGUUAUACUAGCCCACAUCUGUGGAGUAUCAGGGAGCGCAUUUCAGUUGGUAGAAAAAGUGACCCAGUCUCAGCAAAGGCAUUGAAUAGUGUUUUCCAUUGGGCUAAAGAGAUUCUAGACCAAUCAAUGGAGCUAGAAAAUGGAUCCAUCAGCCAUUUUGAGGUUUUCACUGCUCUGGCAUUUACUCUAUUUGCUCAAGAGAAAGUUGAUAUUGCAGUUGUUGAGGCUGGGUUAGGGGGAGCACGAGAUGCAACAAAUGUAUUUUGUUCCUCUGGGCUUGCUGCAGCCAUUAUAACAACAAUUGGAGAAGAACAUUUAGCUGCACUUGGAGGUUCAUUAGAAAGCAUUGCAAUGGCAAAAUCAGGAAUCAUCAAACAUGGCUGCCCAUUAGUGCUAGGUGGACCUUUCAACCCUCACAUCGAAUGCAUUCUUCGUGAUAAAGCAUCUUCAAUGGAUUCACCUGUUGUGUCAGCAUUUGAUCCUGGAAAUCUAAGCAGAAUAAAAGGCUUUGAAAUAAACAAAGAAAAGCCUUGUCAAUUAUGUGACAUAGUUGUUCAAAUUGAGAAGGAUAUGCAAUUGUUUAUUGAAUUAUAUGAUGUGAGACUACACAUGCUUGGAACUCACCAACUUCAGAAUGCUGUUACUGCCACUUGUGCAGCACUUUGUCUGCGUAAUCAAGGGUGGAGAAUAUCUGAUGAAUCGAUUCAUGCUGGUUUACAGCAUACAUUUUUGCCUGGAAGAAGCCAAUUUCUAGCGUCCAAGGAAUCUGAGUCACUUGGGAUAUAUGGAGCUACAAUAUUGCUUGAUGGAGGUCUACUUACUCAUACGAAAGAAUCUGCUAAAAGUUUGGCAGACACCAUUCAGAUGACAUAUCCAGAUGCACCAGCGGUUCUUGUGGUAGCAAUGGCAAGUGACAAAGACCAUUUAGCUUUUGCAAGAGAAUUUCUUACAGGUAUGCAACCAGAAGCUGUCAUUCUUACGCAAGUGAAAAUUGCUGGAGCCAAAUCUAGGAUGACCUCAGCUUCUUUAUUAAAAGAGACAUGGAUCCAAGCGUUCAUGGAACUGGGCAUUGGAUUUUCAGAUAUUGGAAUUGGAAGCUAUUCAAAAUUUGUUGAGGAUGAACCAGAUUGCUCUGCAGGGGCAUGGAAACAAAAGACUAUAUUGGCUAUAGGUGAUUCCAUAGAGGACUCCUUGAAGACUGCUAAUGGGAUUCUCAAAGGGAGAAAGGGGAAUCGACCAGGUAUCAUAGUAGUAACUGGCUCUUUGCAUAUUGUAUCAUCGGUAUUAGCUCAUCUCCAUGGAUGAAUUUGCAUCCUGCUAUAUUAAUUCAUUUCCGUACUGCUGAUGGGCAAUGUAAUGUAGUCUAUAAAUUAGUAGACUGUUGUUUUUUGGCUCUUUAAUAAAAGUUUAUUUAUACAACUAAAUUUAAAAAAAAAUGAUAGACUGCAGCACUUACAUCUUUUCAAGGGCCACAA